AUGGACCAUAUCUAUCAAGAGGUAAUAGCACUGCAGGUCCCUGAACUUGCAUGUCAGCCCCCUCCCUUUCUCUACCACCGCCUGUUCCGCACCGUCUCCUCCAACUGGAACCGGUUCCUCACCGAUGCGCCGGGGGCCGCCGCCAAGACCAAGGGCUCGGCCCCGCCGGCGGCGAUGGUCUCGCUCUCGCUGCCGUUCCUCUUCGCCUUCGCCUUCGACCCCGUCUCGCGCCGCCUCCAGUGCCAGGCGCUCGACCCCUUCUCCCGCCGCUGGCUGCUGCUGCCCCCGGUCCCCUGCGGCACCGCGGCCGGCUCGUUCGCCGUCGUGGGCCUCCCCGCGCGCGGCGAGAUCUAUGUGAUCGGCGGCGUGGAGGAGGGCGGCGACAAGGCUGUGAGCAGCGUGGCCGUCUACAGCGCGGCGACCAACGGGUGGGGGCAGGUGGCCGGCAUGAGGACGGCGAGGGGCUACAUGGCGGCCGGCGAGGUGGGCGGGCGCGUGGUGGUGGCCAGUGAGGACGGAGAGGCGGAGGUGUUCGACCCAGAGGCCGGUCGCUGGUCGCCCGCGGCUCCCCGUGGCGGCGCGGCCGUGGCGAGGUACGACGCGGCGGCGGCGGGCGGCAAGCUGUACGUGACGGAGGGGUGGGCGUGGCCGUUCGAGCGCGCGCCGCGGGGCGCGGUGUACGACGCGGCGGCGGACGCGUGGUCCGACAUGGCGCGCGGGAUGCGGGAGGGGUGGACGGGCUCCUGCGCCGUGUCGGGCGGCCGGAUGUACAUCGUGGCCGAGUACGGCGAGUGGCGGCUGAAGCGGUACGACGAGCCGCGGGAUGAGUGGCGGAUGGUGGCCGGCGGCGGGGUGCCACAGGAGGUGCGGCGGCCGCACGUCGUGGCGGGCCAGCUGGAGGAGGUCGGCGGCGGCCGGCGCAGGAUCUACGUGGUCUGCGCGGGCCUCGACGUCGCCGUCGGCACCGUCGUGUCCGCCGCCAACCACGGCGCCGGCACGGAGGAGGAGCGGGUGGAGUGGGAGGUCGUCAAGGGCCCCGAGGAGUUCGUCGGGCUGGCGCCGUGCAACGCGCAGGUCCUCUACGCCUGAGCCGCCAACCAAGCUCGUCGGCGCCAGGCACCGGCGGGGGAAAGGGAAAGGAGACCCGACCCUGGGCCCGCACGUCAGCCACCAGCGCCUCCGUCAUCGCCGAGCCAGUAGCUCACUGCUGACGCCGCAGCGGUCGGGCAGCUACUGUUACUAGUACUCUACUAGCCAGCCGAGCGCACGGGCGGGCG